GAGAGAGCCUAGCAACGGGACACGGUAGUGAGUAAAAGGUGAUUGCCCCCUGAAAGGAAAAAAUCAUAGUCCAGUGCUGACAUCUAGCGGUUGAUUCACGAACUGCGGCGUGAAUUCGCAGUGUUUCUAUGGCUACAACCAAGUCCGAGGACUGGACAGUUAACAGCUGGUAAACACAAUCUGAAAAUCCGUCCUCUGACUUACUGUCACCACACACUGACUCAACAUCGCCUGCUCAGAAAGGACGUCAGUCGCAGUUCUGCUACAGGAGAGUAAAUGUCAGCAGAAGAGGACUGAUUCUGGCUGAAGACUGAGACUGCUUACCAUCUGGAGUUUAUGGACAUUUACAUUCUCACAGACAGGAAAAAUGAUCCACUGCUGAGUUGAUUAUAAGGACUGCAACGUCCAUAAAUUACAUAAACCUCUCCUUCAAAGUCUCCACAGCUAUCAGUUUGAACCAAGAGGAAUGGAGGGAGCAGGUGGGGUUUCUGAGGUUGCUCUGGAUUCAGGUAACCCCUUACUGAAAGCAGUCUUCCUCCGCCGCCUGCGACUCACGCGUCUGCUCCUGGAGGGAGGGGCUUAUAUCAACGAGAGUGACAGCCAAGGCCAGACCCCCCUGAUGGUAGCCUGCAGGACCCAGCAUACUGAUGCCCAGAGCGCCAGCAAGGUCAAGCUGGUCCAGUUUCUUCUAGAAAAGGGAGCAGACCCCAACAUCCAGGACAAGGCAGGGCAGUCAGCUCUGAUGCAUGCCUGUCGAGAGCAGGCUGGCCCUGAAGUGGUGUCACUGCUUCUGGCCAACGGAGCAGACAUUAGCCUAGAGGAUCAGACUGGGACAUCAGCACUGGUCUAUGCAGUCACAGCUGGGGACUGGAAGGUGGUAAGGCUGCUGCUUGACACAUGCAAGGCCCAAGGGAAGGAGGUGAUCAUUAUAACAGCCGACCAGUUACCAUGUGGGAAACUCCAAGCAAAGCAGUACCUUAGCAUGCCUCCCCUUGGUCCUCUAGACCACUCAGAUAAACUCACAUCAGCAGCUCCUGCAUCUCCAUCUGAAAUUCAGCUCAUCACCUCCCCACUGUGCAACUCCACCUCCUCUUGUUCCCCCAAGCCAGUCUUCUCUUUCAAAGAAGCCCAGUUCUGUGGAGGUAGUGGUGUAAGCUCCCAUCCAUGUUCACCCUCACACCUCCGAGGACUUGGCCAAGCGGCGGGUAAUGGACUUCAGCAGCCCCUCCUCAGACUGAACUCUGAGCCUUGGCUCAAGAUCCCAGCCUCAUUGCUCACCCAACAGCUUCGUGAUGAGUCAGAAAAUGGCCCAGACAUCCACCAAACUGAAGUUCUCUCUCUCAGAGUUCCCAAACUGAAUGGUGACAAUUUUAGAAAUUCAACAACAGAGAGCUUGAAAAGACUUGAGGAAAGAUUACCAAUGGAUGAAGGAGUUGGCGAAGACAGAAAGAAGGACCAUGUCAAACAAGGAGGACAAAAGAUAUCUUUACCAGGUCUUCUCUCAUCCCACUCUGCCUCUCAUCCAAACCUACACUCUGAGAACCUUGUUGGAGACUCUCUUAGCUCUUCUUCCUCCUUUUCUGGCGGGAAAAACCUUGGCAGCUCUCUUCACAGCUUGGCAUCUUCAAACCUUUAUACCAUCAUCCAGAGGCGAAAGCUUGGGGCAGACAUCUACAGCUCUGAUCCCCAGCUAGCUGUAGCUAUUCAGAACAUCCCAGAGGAGCCCCAGCAAAGAGCAAGAGACUCACUAGAGAGCAAAAGGCUGGUGCCGAUACACUGCUCCAGCACACUGGGAUCCAGGGAGCCAUCAUUAACCCCAGGCCUCAAUAGAAGAGUGCUCUCUGGGUAUGAACGCAGAGGGUCUGGAGCCUUUUUGUUGGACCACCACCACACCCAAUGCAGACCCAAGUCUCUGCCACCUCUGAAUAUCAGCUCUUCAAAGACUCCCCUCCUCCUCGGCUCCAGUGGAGGGAGUGGUUUGUGUGAGAAAGAGCCAAACCUGAAAUCUUUCAUUCCAUCUGCUCCUCCUGGACACCCAAAGGAGCUGACCAGGCGCAUGCUGCUGAGGAGACACUCAAUGCAGACCGAGUUCAAAACCACAGCUUAAAAUCAAACCUGGGAGAAAAAGCUCAGCAAUAUGAUCUCAUGUAAAAUGUCUUGCUAUUUAAUGUAGUGUCUGUGUUGUAAA